AUGGCAACACAUGAUCUACAAGGUCAACACAUAGACGAUGGUGCAGAGGACCACCAGAUAACAUGGGGUCGUCCUCACUCCAACAUGGCCUAUUUUGACGACGACAUUGAUUUCAACGUCUCUGCAAUAGUGGGUCAACAGGCAAGGCUUCCAUGCAAAGUGAUCAAUCUUGAUAAGAAAGAUGUAUCGUGGAUUCGACAGAGAGACCUGCAUAUUCUAACGGUGGGGAUCUUCACCUACACCAGCGAUGAUCGAUUCAAGGUGUUCCAUCCUGAAGGGAGUGACGACUGGUUCCUUGAGAUCAACCCCGUGACCUUCAGAGAUGCUGGUGUGUACGAGUGCCAGGUGUCAACGAGCCCCAAGAUUUUUCUGCCUGUGACACUCACUGUGGAAGUCCAACACGCGAGCAUCCACGGACCGAAGGAAAUCUUCAUCAAGAACGGCUCGACGAUCAGACUUUUCUGCGUCAUCAACACCCACUCGGAGAACGUCGGGGUCGUCAGCUGGUACCGAGACACGACCAAGCUGGAUUACGACUCUCCCAGGGGCGGCGUGAGCGUGGAAAUCGAGAAGACGCCCGAGAGGACCACUUCCAAGCUCUUCCUGACGCGGGCGCUGAAGGGGGACUCGGGAAACUACACGUGUGCGCCCAAGUUCGCUUUGGCAGACUCGGUCCUCGUCCACAUCGUUAACGGCGAAGAAUCGGCGGCGGUGCACACGGCCAGCUCAGCGAAUCUCGAGUGUAACAGGUUGCUUUUGAGUAGUUCCUUGUUAGUGGCACUCCUGGUUCGUGUUCGCCGGUGACACACGUGAAUAAAGUGAUCCAAGAGCUGAACCGGAAAUGGAGUCUCAUCAUCAUUUCAUUAGACUGGUAUGAAGAUAUUUUAGUUCAGGAAUUUUCAUAUAAUUUUCCCUUUUCUUCAUAAGGUUCGUUUCAUGCAAAUAGAGACAUCUUUCUCCGUGUAGGUUAUCAUGAAUCAGAUGUUAUAUAAGUACAUAUGUACAAUUACUCACGUACAUACACAUACUCACACACAAACACAAAAACACAAACACAAAUAUUUAUAAAUACAUAAACAUACAUGUGUACACAUAUAUGUAAACAUAGAUAUGAUAUACCAAAAGCAAAAAUAUAUAUUUAUCACGUUGACCAUGUCUAUAAAAUGUUAUAGAGACUCUGUAUUUAAUGUACCAUCUAGGAUUAUUAACUGUAUUUGGUGUUGUUAUAUAGAACGAUUUUGUUCCACUGUGUCACAAGAUGCUCCGACUUACCUGUAUAGAGUAUUAACACUCUUUUUGUAACUGGCUGUGAAGAUCUUUCUAUAUUUUGUAUACUGC